UGCUCUGCCCUAUAUGGCUCUGAAUGGAGCUGUGCGCACAUAUCGCGCUGUCAGCGGUGCUUCUCUCAGUCUACAGCGCCAGGCUCUGCCACUACAGCCAUGGCUGAAGGGGGAGAAGGGGAAGAUGAAAUCCAGUUCUUGCGAACUGAUGAUGAAGUGGUGCUCCAGUGUGUUGCUGCUAUUCAGAAAGAGAAUCGUAAAUUCUGCUUGUCUGCAGAGGGACUUGGAAAUCGACUAUGUUACCUCGAGCCCACCUCAGAAGCUAAGUAUGUUCCUCCUGACCUGUGCAUCUGUAACUUUGUGCUGGAGCAGUCUCUUUCUGUGCGAGCCCUGCAGGAGAUGCUGGCUAACACAGACCAAAACGGGGAAGGUACUCCUGAUCAUGAGCGAUGGGCGGGACAGGGGGGUGGACAUCGGACACUGCUGUAUGGUCACGCCAUCCUACUGAGGCAUUCAUUCAGUGGAAUGUAUCUAGCCUGUUUAAAGACGUCAAGGUCUCUGACAGACAAGCUGUCAUUUGAUGUAGGAUUACAGGAGGACUCGACAGGCGAGGCCUGUUGGUGGACCAUUCAUCCAGCCUCCAAACAGAGGUCUGAGGGUGAAAAGGUUCGCAUUGGUGAUGAUCUCAUUUUGGUCAGUGUGUCCUCAGAGAGAUACCUGCAUCUAUCCAUCUCCAAUGGAAACAUACAAGUGGAUGCUUCUUUCAUGCAAACACUGUGGAAUGUGCAGCCUACCUGCUCCGGCAGCAAUGUGGCAGUGGGAUAUGUACUGGGGGGACAUGUGAUGCGUCUGUUCCAUGGACAUGAUGAGAGCCUUACUAUACCAGGAGCGGACCAGUCUCCCGAGCAGCAGAGGCUGGUGAACUAUGAGACUGGGAAAUCAGGGUCCAGGGCCAGGUCCCUGUGGAGGUUAGAGCCACUUCGGAUUAGCUGGAGUGGAAGCCAUAUUCGUUGGGGUCAGCCCUUCCGCCUGCGCCAUCUCUCCACUGGUCACUACUUGGGUCAGACAGAGGACCGUGGCCUGGUACUAGUGGACAGAGAGAAGUCUGACACUACUGCCACAUCAUUCUGCUUCAGGCCAAGCAAGGAGAAAGUGGACUCUGGCCCAAAGCGGGACAUUGAUGGCAUGGGGGUGGCAGAAAUCAAGUACGGUGAUUCAGUCUGCUUCAUCAUGCAUGUGGUGACAGGGCUGUGGCUGUCCUAUCAGGCACCAGAUGCAAAAUCCUCUCGCCUCGGUCCACUCAAGAGAAGGGCUUUCCUGUAUCCAGAGGGCCAUAUGGAUGAUGGGCUGAUUCUGCAGCUCUGCCAGCAUGAAGAGUCCAGAGCGGCUCGCAUCAUCCGCAACACCACUCUUCUCUUCACCCAGUUCAUCAGAGGGCUGGAUGAACUGAAGAGUGAGAAAGCAUCAGGGGUGUAUCUGCCAGUGGGAGAGGUACUACAGACUCUGAACGACCUUAUCACCUACUUCCAACAGCCUGACUCAGAGUUGGAGCACGAGGAGAAGCAGAGGCAGCUGCGUUCGCUUAUCAAACGUCAGGACCUUUUCAAAGAGGAGGGAAUGCUUACACUGGUCUCUAUCUGCAUCGACCGGCUCAACAUGUACACCAGUGCUGCUGAGUUUGAGGAGAUUGCAGGAGAGGAGGCAGGAGAGGCCUGGAAGGAUAUCCUCAACCUCCUCUAUGAGCUGCUUGCUGCCCUGAUCCGAGGAAACAGACCCAACUGUACGCAGUUCUCCCGCAAACUGGACUGGCUGAUAAGCAAACUGGAGCGACUGGAGUCCUCCUCAGGUAUUCUGGAGGCGCUGCACUGCAUCCUAACAGAGAGUCCAGAGGCCCUUAACAUAAUCCAGAAAGAUCACAUUAGAUCCAUCAUUUCCCUUCUCUAUAAACAUGGACGCAACCAUAAGAUUCUGGAUAUUCUCUGCUCUCUUUGUGUCUGCAAUGGAGUGGCAGUCCGAGCCAAUCAGAACAUCAUCUGUGACCACCUGCUUCCCAGACGAGAUCUGCUGCUGCAAACGCGAUUGGUCAAUGAUGUGCAAAGCAUGAGACCCAACAUCUUCCUGGGCAUAAGUGAGGGAUCAGCUCAGUAUAAGAAGUGGUACUAUGAGCUGAUGAUUGAUCAGGUGGAUCAUUUUGUAACCAGUGAAGCCACUCAUCUUCGUGUAGGCUGGGCCAGCACUAAAGGCUAUGCCCCCUACCCUGGUGGUGGAGAGGGCUGGGGGGGCAAUGGUGUUGGUGAUGAUCUCUACUCCUAUGCCUUUGAUGGACUUCAUCUGUGGUCAGGGAGAAUCCAACGGGCAGUGGCCUCUAUUAACCAGCACUUGCUGACCUCCGAUGAUGUGGUGAGCUGCUGCCUGGAUCUCGGUGCCCCCAGCAUGUCCUUCCGUAUUAACGGCCAGCCCGUGCAGGGAAUGUUCGAGGACUUCAACACGGACGGUUUCUUCUUCCCAGUUGUCAGCUUCUCAGCAGGGGUCAAGGUUCGUUUCUUGUUGGGUGGUCGCCAUGGUGAAUUCAAGUUCUUACCCCCUGCUGGCUAUGCACCUUGUUAUGAAGCCCUUCUCCCCAAAGAAAAGAUGCGGGUGGAGCCUGUGAAGGAGUAUAAGAGGGAUGCGGAGGGAGUGAGGGACUUGCUGGGAACCACCCAAUUUCUGUCUCAAGCAUCCUUCAUUCCUGUUCCUGUCAAUACCAGCCAGAUUGUUCUGCCUCCACACCUUGAAAAUGUACGCAAUAAGCUAGCCGAGAACAUCCAUGAACUCUGGGGUAUGAACAAAAUCGAGCUUGGCUGGACCUAUGGCAAGGUACGUGAUGACAACAAGAGGCAGCAUCCUUGCCUGGUGGACUUCUCCAAGCUGCCUGAAACUGAAAAAAAUUAUAACCUGCAAAUGUCAACAGAAACUUUAAAGACCUUACUGGCUUUGGGAUGUCAUGUAGUACAAAUCAAUGUCAAUGCUGAAGAUGACCUGAAGAAAAUCAAACUUCCCAAAGACUAUGUGAUGUCAAAUGGUUAUAAGCCUGCGCCACUAGAACUUUCUGAUGUGAAACUGACACCUGGUCAGGAAGUUCUGGUUGAUAAACUAGCUGAAAACGCUCAUAAUGUUUGGGCCAAAGAUCGCAUUAAGCAAGGAUGGACUUAUGGUAUUCAGCAGGAUUUAAAGAGCAGACGCAAUCCUCGCCUGGUGCCAUAUUCUUUGUUAGAUGAACGCACAAAGAAGUCUAACAGAGACAGCCUUCGAGAGGCCAUCCGAACACUAGUUGGUUACGGAUACAGCAUUGAGCCCCCAGAUCAAGAGGUGGCCCAUGUGGUGGAGAAGCACAGUGUUGAAAACAUUCGUUUCUUCCGCGUGGAGAAGAGUUAUGCUGUGCAAUCAGGGAAAUGGUAUUUUGAGUUUGAGGCUGUGACUGGAGGAGAAAUGUGUGUAGGCUGGGCUCGGCCCAGCUGUAGACCUGAUGUCGAACUGGGCAUGGAUGACAAAGCUUAUGUUUUUGAUGGCUACCGUGGUCGCAGGGUACACAUGGGCAGUCACUUCUUUGGGAGAACAUGGAACAAGGGUGACGUGGUGGGAUGCAUGAUUAACAUGGAAGACAAGUCCAUGAUCUUUACUCUCAACGGAGAGAUCCUUAUCACCAACAAGGGCUCUGAGCUCUGCUUCACUGACUUUGAGAUUGAAGAUGGUUUCAUCCCAGUUUGUAGCCUCGGGCUCUCGCAGAUUGGCCGUAUGAACCUGGGUAAAGACGCCAGCACCUUUAAAUACUACACAAUGUGUGGCCUUCAGGAGGGUUUUGAGCCUUUUGCUGUCAACAUGAACCGAGAGAUCACUAUGUGGUUUAGCAAACGGCUUCCUACGUUUGUCAAUGUGCCAGUGGACCAUGAGCACAUUGAGGUGACUAGAAUUGAUGGGACUGUGGACUCUCCACCAUGUCUGAAGGUGAGCCAUAAGACCUUUGGAACUCAAGCUAGCAACAGUGACAUGAUCUACUGCCGCUUGAGCAUGCCUGUCGAGUUUUAUUCCGGUCCCAGGAAAAUCACUAAUAUGAACGAGGUGAGUGGUGAUGGACAAAAAGCUAAGAAGGAUGACAGCGGGAAGACUGAUUAUAGCAGCAUCACAAAGUAUUUCUACUCAAUGAGAGUGUUUGCAGGUCAGGACCCUGCCUCAGUAUGGGUAGGCUGGGUAACACCAGACUACCACUACUACAGCAAGAAUUUUAACCUGAGUAAAGUGCGUACAGUUACUGUGACUCUGGGGGAUGAGCGUGGCCGUGUUCAUGAGAGUGUGAGGAGGAGUAAUUGCUACAUGGUGUGUGCUGGCGAGAUUUCAAGUAGCUCUUCUGGACGAAGCAAUGCUGACCUCAUAAUUGGAUGUCAUAUUGAUCUUGCCUCUGGCCUUGUCUCAUUCACUGCCAACAACAAGGAGCUGCCUAUUGCAUAUCAGGUUGAGCCCAACACAAAACUGUUCCCUGCAGUGUUUGUUCAGCCCACAAGCUCCAACCUGUUUCAGUUUGAAUUUCCAAAGAUUAAAGAUGCCAUGCCACUGUCUUCAGCCAUUUUCACAAGUCUUCGCAGUAACCCAGAGCCACAGUGUCCUCCAAGGCUGGAUGUACAGACCAUUGUAGCUGUUCUGUGGAGCAGGAUGCCCAACACUUUCCUCUCAGUGGAGACAGCACGGGUCAGCGAGAGGCAUGGCUGGGUGGUGCAGUGUCUGGAGCCCCUGCAGAUGAUGGCAGUGCAUAUUCCUGAGGAAAACAGGUGCAUAGACAUCAUGGAACUCUCAGAGGACGAGGCCCUGCGACAAUUUCACUACCACACUCUGAGGCUCUAUUGUGCUCUCUGUGCUCUGGGAAACACUCGUGUGGCCCACGCCCUCUGCAGCCACCUAGACCAAUCACAGCUCCUUUACACCAUUGACAACCAAUACCUGACAGGACAGCUGCGUGAGGGCUUCUAUGACGUUCUAAUCAGCAUCCACCUGGAGACAGCAAAGGAAGCACAACUCAUGAUGAAGAAUGAGUUUAUCAUACCUAUCACAGAUGAGACCCGUAGCAUCCGCCUCUUCUCUGAUGACUCCAAACGCCACACUUUGCCAGGCGUAGGACUGAGCACGUCGCUUAGCCCUCGGCUUAACUUUACACCAGCGUGCUUCAUCACUACUAAGCGUGAGCACAUCUACAGUCCACAGAUCCCUCUGGGUAUUCUGAAGGAGAAGGCCAUCAGCAUGCUGACAGAAGCAGUGCAAGGUGGAGGAGUUCAUAUUCGUGACCCAGUAGGGGGCAGCGUGGAGUACCAAUUCGUGCCUAUACUCAAGCUGAUUGCGACUCUGUUGAUUAUGGGCUCUCUGAGUAGUGAGGAGGUGAGAAUCAUCCUCCUACUUAUUGAACCCAAUGUUUUUGGGGAAAGCAAGGAGGAGGAGACACAACUUGUGGCUGUAGAGGAGCCAGCGGAAAAAGAGGAGGCAAGCAGUAAUGAGGAAAAAGCCGUGGAGGCAGGGGAGGAAGAGAGCAAAGAACACAAGCAACCACCCAAAGGCCUUCUGGAGAAGAGCCUGCCUGAGUCAGUCAAACAUCAGAUGUGUGAACUCCUGCACUAUUUCUGUGACUGUGAGCUGAAGCAGCGCAUCGAGUCUAUUGUGGCAUUCUCAGAUCAUUUUGUGGCCAAAUUGCAGUACAACCAGAAGUUCCGCUACAAUGAACUCAUGCAGGCCCUCAACAUGUCUGCUGCUGUCACUGCCAAGAAGACCAAGGAAUUCCGCUCUCCUCCACAAGAGCAGAUUAACAUGCUUUUGGACUUCAGUGCUGGAGAGGAUUGUCCCUGUCCUGAGGAAAUUCAAGAUGAGCUUCUUGUCUUCCAUGAUGAUCUGAGACUCCACUGUGGUAUUCCCAUGGAAGAAGAAGAGGAGGAACCUGAUACAUCUAUAAAAGGCCGUCUGCUCUCCUUGUUAUAUAAAAUCAAAGGUCGCCCACAGAAAACUGAGGAACAACCAUCAGAGGAAGAGCAAGCAGCUCCAACAAACCUGAAGGAGCUGAUCUCUCAGACAAUGGUGAGCUGGGCCCAAGAAUGCAAAAUUCAGAACCCAGAGCUGGUACGAAGCAUGUUCAGCCUGCUCCGAAGGCAAUACGAUGGCAUUGGUGAGCUGCUGCGUGCCAUGAGAAAAAGCUACACCGUCAGUGAGAAAUCUGUGCAGGAUGCGAUUAACCUACUGGCCUCACUGGGCCAGAUCCGCUCUCUGCUCAGCGUCCGAAUGGGUGAAGAGGAGGGCCAGCUCAUGAUCGAUGGCCUGGGGGAUAUAAUGAACAACAAAGUGUUUUAUCAACAUCCAAAUCUGAUGCGGAUUCUGGGCAUGCAUGAGACAGUCAUGGAGGUCAUGGUCAACGUGCUAGGAGGAGACAAAUCGAAGGAGAUUGCUUUCCCCAAAAUGGUGGCCAGUUGCUGCCGCUUCCUCUGCUACUUCUGUCGCAUCAGCCGUGAGAAUCAGAAAGCCAUGUUUGAACACUUGAGCUACCUAUUGGAGAAUAGCAGUGUUGGGCUUGCUUGCCCUGCCAUGAGAGGCUCCACUCCUCUGGAUGUGGCUGCAUCCUCAGUGAUGGACAACAACAGUCUGGCCCUGGCUUUAGAGGAACCAGACCUGGAAAAGGUGGUGACGUACUUGGCUGGUUGUGGUCUACAGAGCUGCCCUAUGCUGAUAGCUAAGGGAUACCCUGACAUCGGCUGGAAUCCUAUAGAAGGAGAACGUUACCUGUCCUUCCUCCGAUUUGCUGUCUUUGUUAAUGGUGAGAGUGUAGAGGAGAAUGCCAAUGUGGUUGUAAAGUUGUUGAUCAGGCGUCCUGAGUGUUUUGGCCCCGCUCUGAGGGGAGAGGGGGGACAGGGUCUGUUGGCUGCCAUGCUGGAGGCCAUCAAGAUUUCAGAGGAUCCUGCUCUCGAUCUACCCAACCUGCCUGAAGGAGGAGCACCUGCGCCUGGGGAGGAUGGGGAGGAGGAAGAGGUGGCACACAUGGGCAACUCUAUCAUGUCCUUCUACUCAGCUCUUAUUGAUCUGCUGGGACGCUGUGCUCCUGAGAUGCAUUUAAUCAACGCGGGCAAGGGUGAAGCUCUGCGCAUCCGUGCCAUCCUGCGUUCUCUAGUGCCUACCAAAGACUUAGUGGGCACCAUCAGCAUCCCACUCAAAGUACCAAUAAUCAACAAAGAUGGCAGUGUCACAGAGCCAGACAUGAACGCUAAUUUCUGUCCGGAGCACAAAUCACCAAUGGUGCUCUUCCUGGACCGUGUGUAUGGUAUCGAGGACCAAAGCUUCUUGCUAAAUCUGUUGGAGGUGGGCUUCCUGCCUGACUUCAGGGUCUCUGCAUCUCUGGACACAGAGGUGCUGAGCACCACAGAAACAGCACUGGCCUUGAACAGGUAUAUCGGUUCAGCCGUGCUGCCUUUGCUGACGCGAUGUGCGUCUCUCUUUGCUCAUACGGAGCACUACACUACGCUCAUGGACUCCACACUUCAAACCAUCUACAGACUGUCCAAAGGCCGCUCUCUCACCAAAGCCCAGAGAGACUCUAUCGAGGAGUGUCUUCUUGCCAUCUGCAAACACCUGCGGCCGUCUAUGCUGCAGCAGCUCCUGCGCCGUCUGGUGUUCGAUGUGCCACAACUAACAGAAUACUGCAAGAUGCCCAUAAAGCUUUUGACCAAUCACUAUGAACAGAACUGGAAAUAUUACUGCCUGCCCUCAGGCCUGGGCAGUUAUGGCAUGGCAUCUGAGGAGGAGCUUCACCUCACCACCAAACUCUUCUGGGGUCUUUUUGAUGCUCUCUCUCAGAAGAAAUAUGAUGCAGAGCUUUUCAAAAUGGCUAUGAUGUGCUUGAGUGCCAUCGGUGGAGCCCUCCCACCUGAUUAUGUAGACAUGAGCCCAGCCACCACUCUGGUAAAGCAGGUCUCUGUGGAUGCUCAAGGAAACUUUGAUCCCAAGCCUAUCAACACUGCCAACAUCUCACUGCCUGAAAAACUGGAUUACAUUGCCAACAAGUAUGCUGAGCAUUGCCAUGAGAAAUGGUCUUCUGAGAAGUUUGCUCUAGGCUGGACUGCAGGUGAGAAAGUAGAUGAACAAGCCAAAACCCACCCUCUACUGAAGCCAUAUAAAGCACUGAGUGAGAAGGAGAGGGAAACCUACCGCUAUCCUGUGAAGGAAUCUCUGAAGAGCAUGCUGGCAAUGAGCUGGACCAUCGAAAGGACCAAAGAAGGGGAUGCCAUGUUCCAACAGCGUGAGGCUGAGAAACAGCUUAAGACCUCAGAGGCUUCUCAGGGUGAGGGAUUUCAUCCAGCUCCUGUGGAUUUGGAAAAUGUAACUUUGUCUAGAGAGCUACAGAGUAUGGUAGAGGCUGUAGCAGAGAAUUACCAUAAUAUCUGGGCGAAGAAAAAGAAAUUGGAACUAAGCAGCAAAGGAGGAGGGACUCAUCCACUGCUGGUACCCUACGACACACUGACAGCGAAGGAGAAGUUCAGAGACAGAGAAAAAGCUCAGGAGCUCUUCAAAUUCCUGCAGUUUAACGGAUAUGCAAUAAGCAGAGGUUUGAAGGACUUGGAACAUGAUUCUUCCUCUAUGGAAAAGAGGAUUGCUUACAAGUUCCUGAAGAGGCUGCUGAGUUACGUAGACUCGGCGCAGGAAUUCAUAGCCCAUCUGGAGGCUAUGGCUACCAGUGGAAAAACUGACAAAUCACCUCAUGAGCAAGAGAUAAAGUUCUUUGCAAAGGUUCUGCUGCCGUUGCUUGACCAGUACUUUAAGAAUCAUUGCCUUUACUUCCUGUCUUCUCCCAGCAUCAACCUGAGCAGCAGUGGUUAUGCCUCUAACAAAGAGAAGGAGAUGAUCACGAGUCUCUUCUAUAAGCUGGCUUCUUUGGUUAGACAUAGGAUUUCUCUGUUUGGAAGUGACUCUGCUACGAUGGUGAGCUGUCUGCACAUCCUGGCACAUUCACUGGACUUUAGGACAGUGAUGAAGUCUGGUUCAGAGUUGGUGAAGGCUGGAGUCAGGACGUUCUUUGAAAAUGCUGCAGAAGACUUGGAGAAGACUAUGGAGAACCUAAAGCUGGGCAAACUGGGCCAAUCUCGUACCCAGAUGAAAGGAGUGGCUCAGAUCAUCAACUACACCUCAGUGGCACUGCUGCCCAUUCUUACUGCUCUCUUUCAGCACAUCACUGAGCACCAGUUUGGGGCAGACUUGUUGUUGGAUGAUGUCCAACUGUCCUGCUAUCGAAUUCUGACCAGCCUGUACUCCCUGGGAACUGGCAAAAACAUCUAUGUUGAAAAGCAGCUUCCUGUGCUGGGAGAAUGCUUGGCUACUCUGGUGGGAGCCAUGCCUGUAGCUUUCCUGGAGCCUCAUCUGAACAUGCACAACCCACGCUCUGUCUUCAAUACCAAGACACCACGAGAGAGAGCAAUUCUGAGCAUGCCUGACACUGUGGAGGAGAUGUGUCCUGAGAUGCCACGUCUGGAUGGCCUGAUGAAAGACAUCCACGACAUCUCAGAGUCUGGGGCUCGCUACACGGAGAUGCCACAUGUCAUCGAGGUCAUCUUGCCCUUGCUGUGUAACUAUCUUUCUUACUGGUGGGAAAAGGGCCCUGAGAACUCCCCAAGUCACGAUAGCUGCUGUACCACUGUCACCUCUGAGCACCUCAGCCUCAUCCUGGGCAACAUCCUCAAGAUCCUCAACAACAACCUGGGUAUAGACGAAGCCUCCUGGAUGAAGAGGCUUGCAGUGUACACACAGCCAAUCAUUAGCAAGGCAGGAGCAGACCUCUUACGAACUCACUUCCUCCCCACCCUGGAGAAGCUGAAGAAGAAGACAGUGAAGAUUGUGGCUGAGGAGGAGAUGAUAAGGUCUGAAAGCAAGGCUGACACCCAGGAGGCCGAGCUACAGAUCCUGGAUGAGUUCGCUGUCCUCUGCAGAGACCUGUACGCUUUUUACCCCAUGCUCAUUCGCUACGUGGACAAUAACAGGUCUAAAUGGCUGAAGAAACCAAAUGCAGAUUCAACAGAACUCUUCAACAUGGUGGCAGAGAUUUUCAUACUCUGGUGUAAAUCUCAUAAUUUCAAAAGGGAAGAACAAAACUUUGUGGUGCAAAAUGAAAUCAACAACCUUGCCUUCCUCACUGGAGACAGCAAGACCAAGAUGUCAAAGUCAGGAGGUCAGGACCAGGAGAGAAGAGGGAAGAAGAGGAAAAGAGAAUUGUACUCUAUUCAAACAUCCUUAAUAGUGGCAGCACACAAGAAACUGCUGCCUAUCGGCCUCAACAUGUGCACGGCUGGAGACCAGGAGCUCAUCUCUCUGGCUAAGAUCCGCUACAGUCUGAAAGACACAGAUGACGAGGUGAAAGAUCAUCUUAAACAGAACCUACAUCUUCAACAGAAGACAGAGGAUCCGGCAGUGCAGUGGCAGCUAAACCUCUAUAAGGAUGUGGAGGUGAAGAGUGAGGAGCCUCUAAAUACUGACCACAUUAUCGAGAAGAUCCAAGGCAUCUCAGCUGCCGUUUUCCAUCUUGAGCAGGUGGAGCAGCCUCUCAGGUGUAAAAAACUGGUAUGGCAGAAGCAGCUGUCCAAACAGCGCAAGCGUGCAGUGGUUGCCUGUUUCCGCAUGGCACCUCUGUACAACCUCCCUAGGCAUCGCUCAAUUAACCUCUUCCUCACGGGCUAUCAGAAACUUUGGAUAGUAGCAGAGCAGUACUCCUUUGAGGAGAAGCUAGUGCAGGACCUGGCAAAAACCCCCAUGGCUGUGGAAAAGGAAGAGGAGGAAGCAGAGGCUGAGGUUCAGCCGGAUCCUCUGAACCAGCUCAUCCUCCACUUCAGUCAUAAUGCCCUGACUGAGAGAAGUGUCCAGGAAGUAGAUCCAUUGUAUAUAGCAUAUGCAGAUAUGAUGGCAAAGAGCUGUGCUGAGGAUGAAGAAGAGGAGGAGGAGGAAGGAAAAGAAAAGACAUUUGAGGAAAAGGAGAUGGAGAAGCAGAAAAUUCUGUAUCAGCAGGCCAGGCUGCAUGCUCGAGGAGCAGCUGAGAUGGUACUCCAGAUGAUCAGUGCAAGCAAGGGGCGUCUUGGCCCGAUGGUGAGGUAUACUCUCAAACUGGGUAUCUCUAUUCUCAAUGGAGGCAACGUAGUUGUUCAGCAGAAAAUGCUGGACUACCUGAAAGAAAAAAGAGAUGCUGGGUUUUUCAAAAGUUUAUCUGGACUGAUGCUGUCCUGCAGUGUGCUGGAUCUGAAUGCAUUUGAGAGACAGAAGAAGGCAGAGAGCCUUGGAAUGGUGACAGAAGAAGGAUCGAUCAACGUGAGUGAGCGGGGUUCCAAAGUACUACAAAAUGAUGAAUUUACAAAGGAUUUAUUUCGGUUUUUGCAGCUGUUAUGUGAGGGCCAUAAUGAUGAUUUCCAAAACUUCCUGCGAACUCAAACAGGAAAUACAACCACAGUCAAUAUAAUUAUUAGCACAGUGGACUACCUCCUACGUUUGCAGGAAUCCAUAAGUGAUUUCUACUGGUAUUACUCUGGGAAAGAUAUCAUUGAUGAGCAUGGACAGCUAAACUUCUCCCAAGCCUUGGCAGUAGCAAAACAGAUCUUCAAUUCACUCACUGAGUACAUUCAGGGUCCUUGUAUUGGGAACCAGCAGAGUCUGGCACACAGUAGGCUGUGGGAUGCUGUAGUUGGAUUCCUGCACGUUUUUGCCAACAUGCAAAUGAAACUAUCACAGGACUCUAGCCAGAUUGAGCUGUUAAAAGAAUUAAUGGAUUUGCAGAAGGAUAUGGUGGUCAUGAUGUUGUCACUUUUGGAGGGUAACGUGGUGAAUGGCACAAUUGGGAAGCAGAUGGUCGACACAUUAGUGGAGUCUUCAAGUAACGUUGAAAUGAUCCUUAAAUUCUUCGAUAUGUUCCUCAAGCUAAAGGAUCUUACUACCUCUGAUAACUUUAAAGAGUAUGACCCUGAAGGGAAGGGAAUUAUUUCUAAGAAGGAGUUCCAGAAGUCAAUGGAAAGCCAAAAGCAGUACACACAAUCUGAGAUCGAGUUUCUUCUCUCUUGUGCUGAGGCUGAUGAAAACGACAUGUUUAACUACAUGGAAUUUGUGGAACGCUUCCACGAGCCAGCAAAGGAUAUUGGCUUCAAUGUGGCCGUGCUGCUCACCAAUCUGUCUGAGCAUAUGCCCCAUGAUUCGCGCCUCAGCACCUUCCUGGACCUGGCUGAGAGUGUACUGAGUUACUUUGAGCCCUAUUUGGGCCGUAUCGAGAUCAUGGGCGGUGCCAAGCGGAUUGAACGCGUCUACUUUGAGAUCAGUGAAUCUAGUAGAGAGCAGUGGGAGAAGCCUCAGGUGAAAGAGUCCAAGAGGCAGUUCAUCUUUGACAUGGUCAAUGAGGGCAGUGAAAGUGAGAAGAUGGAACUGUUUGUAAACUUCUGUGAAGACACCAUUUUUGAGAUGCAGCUGGCUUCCCAGAUAUCCGAGUCAGGACCUGUAGAACGCCCCGAAGAGGAGGAGGAACAGCACAGUCUGUUGGAGGAUCUGUCCGAAGAGGAAGAUCAGUCCCUUGAGUCUGCUUCAGCCUUUACUAUUGCCUGUGCUUCUGUGAAGAAAAAAGUAUCCAACUUCCGUCAAAUGCUGACCAUUAAGAAUAUGCGUAAACAGUUCAAGAAGUUUAAAAAACUGACUAUUAAGGAAAUGAUCACAGGGUUCUUUUCAUUCUUCUGGAUGCUUUUCACUGGGUUCUUUAAAGGCAUUUUUAGCCUGAUCUUUGGAUUCUUCCAUAUAAUCUGGUCCUCAAUGUUUGGAGGAGGCCUUGUUGAAGGUGCUAAAAACAUGAAGGUAACGGACAUCUUGGGCAACAUGCCAGAUCCUACUCAGUUUGGAAUACAUGGCGAUGUCACAGAGCCAGAGAAAGCAGAGAAUGGUGAAAUAGUGGUAUCUACAGAAAUGGUACAGAUGGCUGGCACAGUGGACAAACUCGAACCUGAUGCCAUCAUAGAUCUAAUAAGUCCACCAACUAAACGAGAGGGAAAGCAUGGACAUGAGCCUGGACUUGGGGAUGUCUCAGAGAUUACAACAGAAGCCAGCCCUCGUGUUGAAAAGAAGAAGCGCCAGAAAGCUGCACCAGAGGAGUCUGAACCUGAGAAAGCUGACACAGAGACUCAUGAAAAAGAAGAUAAAGCCAAAGAGGAAAAGCCUGAAGAGCCAGUUGUGGAGGAGACGCCAGUGCCAAGAAAACGCCAUGGCCCAACCAAGGAGGAACCUCCUGCGUUAAUGACCACCUUCUUUGCUGGACUUGAAGUCUAUAAGACCAAGAUGCUGAACUACUUGGCUCGUAAUUUCUACAACCUUCGGAUGUUGGCACUGUUUGUGGCAUUCGCAAUUAACUUCAUCCUGCUCUUCUACAAGGUGACUGGUGAAGCUGAGGAUGAGGAUGAGGAGGAGUCCUGGGGUGGCAGUGAUGACGAUGAUGAUGAUGAAGACAGCGAUAUGGAAUUCUACGUACUUCAGGAGAGCACUGGCUAUAUGGCUCCCACUCUGACUUUCUUAGCUAUACUGCAUACAAUUAUUUCUCUCCUUUGUGUGGUGGGAUAUUAUUGCCUCAAGGUUCCUUUGGUGGUGUUUAAGCGAGAGAAAGAGAUCGCAAGGAAGCUUGAGUUUGAUGGAUUGUACAUCACCGAGCAGCCAUCUGAUGAUGAUAUCAAGGGUCAAUGGGAUCGCUUGGUUAUUGCCACUCCGUCUUUCCCCAAUAAUUACUGGGACAAAUUUGUCAAGAGGAAGGUCAUCAAUAAAUACGGAGAUUUGUAUGGAGCUGAGCGUAUUGCUGAACUCCUCGGACUGGAUAAGAGUGCACUUGACUUUGAUCCUACUGAGGAAGCUGUGGUCAAGGAGGCUUCUCUGUUGUCCUGGCUGAGCUCUAUUGAUACGAAGUACCACAUCUGGAAAAUGGGAGUUGUCCUAACUGACAAUUCUUACCUCUACUUGAUCUGGUACACCACCAUGUCUAUUCUGGGCCAUUACAACAACUUCUUCUUUGCUGCUCAUUUGCUGGAUAUUGCCAUGGGCUUCAAGACCUUGAGGACGAUCCUGUCCUCUGUGACUCACAACGGCAAACAGUUGGUGUUGACUGUGGGCCUGCUUGCAGUCGUGGUUUACCUGUACACUGUUGUGGCGUUCAACUUCUUCCGCAAGUUCUACAACAAGAGCGAGGAUGAGGAUGAGCCUGACAUGAAAUGUGAUGAUAUGAUGACUUGCUACCUAUUCCACAUGUAUGUGGGUGUGAGAGCUGGUGGAGGCAUCGGUGAUGAGAUUGAAGAUCCAGCCGGAGACCCUUAUGAGCUUUACCGCAUCCUCUUUGACAUUACUUUCUUCUUCUUUGUCAUUGUCAUCCUGUUGGCCAUCAUUCAGGGUUUGAUCAUUGAUGCGUUUGGCGAGUUGAGAGAUCAGCAAGAACAAGUGAAGGAGGACAUGGAGACAAAGUGUUUUAUCUGUGGGAUUGGAAAUGACUAUUUUGACACGACACCGCAUGGCUUUGAGACCCAUACUCUACAGGAGCACAACCUAGCCAACUAUCUAUUCUUCCUGAUGUAUCUCAUUAAUAAAGAUGAAACUGAACAUACGGGUCAGGAGUCCUAUGUAUGGAAGAUGUAUCAGGAGAGAUGCUGGGACUUCUUCCCUGCUGGAGACUGUUUCCGCAAACAAUACGAGGACCAGUUGGGCUAGAGGGACCGUAACUGCCCUUUUACCCACAUGCUAACGAGAUUCGAAACUCCAACCUAAACAAGAAGCUCAAACUAGAGUACAACAUGCUGCUGACGAUACUUUUCAUUUAAAAGCACGGCUAUGGAACACGAUCUCCGAUCACCUGCUUAAGACAAAGACAAAAGACAUUGAGCAACAAAUGUAAAAUGUAAAAAAAACCAAAACAAAACAAAAAAAAAAAAAACACAUGGACAAACAAAUAUGGUGCCAAAUUCCUACCUGCCAAAACA